AUGCGUCAAACUCAACUCCAGCCCGGCCACUGGGAAGACUCGGUCACUUUCCGCGCCCAAUCCGGCCCUCCAGAAGAGCGGACGGGAGCCGGAUACGACACAAAGGACGACGAACAGGACCAGCAGGACUGUCCGGGACAGUCUCGAGAUGGACGACAAGACGCAUUGACAUCCAGAACAUCUGGAGCACCGGCUGCUACAACCCCGCGAAAGCUACACGUCGGGCGGGGGAAGGUCCGGAUAUCUGGGACGAAGAAGGCGGUUCCUAGGAAACAAGAACAUCACGAGGCUCUGGCUGUGGUGAAGUACCCUCCUAAUCCAGCACCGUUGUUGGAGCCCGAUGCCGACGAACCGUAUUCUCUUCUCCCAUCAGCAGUGCCGAAUGGCGUGGUCAAACGAUACAUGCAUAGCCUCCCCAAUGUGCUCGCGAAGCUGGUAUCCAAUGCCGGCUUGACCGGGAACUAUGGAAGGUCCUUUGCGAGUACUAUGAUGGCCUCGCUAUCGCAGCAGCCGGCACAGCUGCACGCUAUGAUGUUCGCGGUGAUGGUGCAUGACCGUAUCCAGCAGGGAAUCAGUGAGCCAAACACGACGGAGCUACUGGUCGGUACAGAAGCUAUUCGACACCUGAAUCGUGAAAUCAGCGAUCCAAACCCCGAACGAGCCCUGUCGGACUCCAACAUCUGGGCCGUCCUGGUGCUUGCAUAUUCGGGUCGCGAGGACAGAAUCAGAAGGGGCCAGAGCUACCCGCGACAGUCCUUUUUGAGAGAGCUGCAGUCGAUCCAUAUCUAUCUGAAGAUGGAGAUCGUCAUUGAGCAUGUGCUUGGCCUCAUCAAAAUGAUGGAGCUCCUCGGGCCUUUGUCCAAGAUCAAGACACACGGGAUUGCUACCGUGGUAUCUUUAUGUGGGAUCAUGGGCGCAUGCCGGAAUAUUGGGCGGCCCAUCUUUCCAUUUAUAUCCCACACAGCCACGUUCGUCCGCGAAGAUGGCCGGCUGUCGGUCACGAGCUACGAGCGCGACGCCGUUGCUGGCGACCUGGGCCAGCUGGGCACGAGCUUCCGGCACGUCUGGAGCGCGGGGUCAUCCACGCCGAGCUACAUCGAUGAUCUUCUGGCCGUCAUUCAGGAUAUAUGCGACUUCACCGUGGUGGUCGAGAACCACGCGAGUGGCAGGUGGGUGCCGCGCACGUCUCCCGUUAUCAUCGACCAGAGAAACUAUGUCCAGCACAGCUUGAUGUCCCUGCCCUCCGCGGAGGAACUCCUCGCCCCGAAACCCACGGACGUCGCGCUGGACGAUUCCCAGUACGAAACCUGCCGGCUGGCCUGCAUCAUUUACUCCUUCCUCGUCGUCUUCCCCGUCCCACCUGUUGUGGGCCCCUUUGAAACCUUGAUCGACCGGCUCAAGAGCGCUCUGCAGACGACCGAGUGGAAGAGCUUUGGCCGCCCGCGACGGAAGUUGCAUCUGUGGACUCUCACCAUGGGGGCCAUCGGGUCGAUUGGGUUGCCUGACCGGCCGUGGUUCCUUCUCCGGAUCAUGGAAGUGUUGGACGACGACUUCGACAUGGCCGGAUGGCAGGAUCUGAAGGGCUUGUUGCAGUCGUUCCUGUGGCAUCCGCGCACGAGCGAUCUUGACGGUCUCGAUGUUUGGAAGGCCGUUCAGGUGGGAGUCAAUGUGCCAGACGAGAUAUGA